AUGGAGAGGAACAAUCACACAGUGGCUGAGUUCAUACUGCUGGGCUUCACCACAGAUCAAGGGAUGCAGCUGGGACUGUUUGUGGUGUUCCUGGGAGUGUACUCUCUGACCAUGGCAGGAAAUAUCACCCUCAUGGUGUUGAUCUGUAAUGACUCCCGCUUCCACACACCCAUGUAUUUUUUCCUUGGAAAUCUGUCAUUCCUGGAUCUCUGGUACUCCUCUGUCUACACCCCAAAGAUCCUAGUGACCUGCAUCUCUGAAGACAAAAGCAUCUCCUUUGCUGGCUGCCUGUGUCAAUUUUUCUUCUCUGCUGGGCUUGCCUAUAGUGAGUGCUACCUGCUGGCCGCCAUGGCUUAUGACCGCUACGUGGCCAUCUCCAAGCCCCUGCUUUAUGCACGGGCCAUGCCAAGUAGAUUGUGCAUCUGUUUGGUUUUAUAUUCCUAUGCUGGUGGUUUUGUCAAUGCAAUAAUAUUAACCAGCAAUACAUUCACAUUGGAUUUUUGUGGUGACAAUGUUAUUGAUGACUUUUUCUGUGAUGUCCCACCCCUGGUGAAGCUGGCAUGCAAUGUGAGAGAGAGCUACCAGGUUGUGCUGUGCUUGCUGCUGGCCUCAAAUGUCAUCUCCCCUACAGUGUUCAUCCUGGCCUCCUACCUCUCCAUCAUCGCCACCAUCCUGAGGAUACGCUCCACCCAGGGCCGCCUCAAAGCCUUCUCCACAUGCUCCUCCCACCUGAUCUCUGUUACUUUAUACUAUGGUUCCAUUCUUUACAUCUACUCUAGGCCAAGUUCCAGCUACUCCCUCAAGAUGGACAAAAUAGUUUCUACCUUUUAUACUGUGCUGUUCCCCAUGUUGAACCCCUUGAUCUACAGUCUGAGAAAUAAAGAUGUGAAAGAAGCUCUGCAAAAAUUCUUCAAGUCAGCAUAA